GAGUUUGGGAAGAGCUGAUUGGUUGGAUGUCUGUCAGAUAAGAGUUGACUGUUGCUAUGACCGUUGCUAAGGAAACCAAACACCGAAAAGAAAAGAAGAAGUCUCCGCGCAGAAACCUUCACACCAUGUCUUCAGACCACAUCUGGCUUCUUCGGAGGCCGCUGCCCCCCAAAAGGAUCCCUCCCGUUGGGAAACCCCGUCCUGCUCCCAGACCUUCAGGUGUAAAGAUGACAUCACUGCCUCUGGAUCAGGGGCUCGCAGGUGUGGGGGGGUCCAGCAGACAGGACCCUGACACCCCCGCGCCCAGGGCAGCCCCCCCCACCCCUCUGCAUCCCUCCCCCCCUCUGACAGACACCAUCACUGAGGGGUUCCCCUGGAAACGGUUCCCCUGGAAACGGCUCCGCCUCCGCCCCAACAACCCCCUACUGACGCUCCUUCAGACAGAUAAGCGGUUCAUCGCCCCUCCACCCACUUUCUGCCUCAGUGACUUCCUCCAGAGCGGUGACGACCCCCCCCCCCCACCCCCAACCGGAGCCCACAGACUGACGUCUACAGCAGUGACGACCCCCGACAAUUUCUUCUGACGUUUUUGCCACUUUUGUUGAAAUUUUUUGUGACGUUUUUGCAACUUUUU